UAUCAAGUACAUCAUGGAAAAUAUCAAGAUUAAUACUUCCAUAACGUCUUUGCCUGAUGAAAUAAUAUCAUUAAUACUUUCAAAUAUUGAGCCUCGAGAUAUUAUCAGAUUUUCCGUUACAUGUAGACGGUUUUAUGACAUUGUAAUUAAUAAUGAUUACCUUUGGAAAAUUAAGUAUUCUGAAAUGUUACCCAAAGAAAUUGUUAAGGUUGUUGAAGAACACAGUUUAAUAUGGUUAAAAGAAAUGAUUCAAUAUUAUAGAUUAAAGAAAAAAAUUUUCAUUGAACUUGUUUCCAUGUCUCCUAAAUCUUUUUGGAGAGUCUAUGAAGUAUCAAUUGAAGAUGUGAGAAACUUUUUUGCAUUUGCAACAGAAACAAAUUUAAGCUUUUAUUACACAGUUCACAUUCUACAAGGCAUUGUUAAAAAAGGAACUAAAAUCUUAGAUGCUCUAACAAUUGUAAAACCAUUGUAUACAUUAACUGUACUGUAUUAUUCAAAAAUAGUUCUUCGUCACUUGGUUCAAUCAUAUCUUGCUAUUAAAUGGGUAAAGCUGCAUGUGAAAAACAUGCUAACACCAGAAAUUGUUGUAACAUUCUUCCUGCAGUGGAUCGACCCCAUUAAUAUUUACCCGGAUGAAGAAGUUGAGAGUAAGAUCCAGGGCUUAGUAGCGAAAGUUGAAAAUGUUCUAAAACAGCAAUACUCAAAUAAUAGCAAAGAAAAAGGGGAGUACAAAUACUCUGAUAAAGAAGUGCUGCUUGCAUUGACACAAGUAAUAUAUAAGGAUGAAAAGUUUUCUGUGUGCGCCAGCACCAAAGUGAAAACCUUAAACUUGGCAAAAGUAAUAGAGGAGAGUAAUGGCAACAUUAUUACAUAUGCUGUAAUUUAUCACACUGUUGCAAAAAGGCUUGGUGUGAAAUGUGACCUGAUUGCAUUUCCUAAUCAUUUAUUCUUAGAAUGGCAAAAUAAUGACGAUCCAAGCACACCAUUGUUUACAAUAGAUCUCAUUAAUGGAUCCAUAAACCCUAAGAGACGGUGUCCUUUCUCACAGAGUGCAAAUAAUGAAUACGAAUAUGUUCCCGAUUCCCUACUGCAGUAUAUAUAUUCAUCUUACAUGAAAUCGAAAGGGGCUAUUCGAGAUUGCAAAACUCAAAAUGCCAUUCACUUACUGGACUUUCUUGGUACAAGACACAUAAAUCACAAUCCUUACAAAAAUUUCUUUACUUAUUUGAUAGAACACUCUGAUACUCCAGUUAUGAAUACGCCGCUCAAUAUGACCUAUUUACAUGAUGUACAUCUGCAGAUGUUAGUGGCAUUAGCAAAUUUAAACCCGGCUGGAGAAGUUGCUUACCAUACUGUUUCAGUCAAAAAACACCGGAGUUAUGUAACAUUCGCUGUGGGUAUGAUAUGUUACCAUAAUGUAUACAAUUACAUGUGUAUAAUACUUGGAUGGGAACUCGAUGGCUCCCACUUGCGGAUACCAACUGAAGAUAAUCUAGUCUUUGGCCGCGAUCAGCCAUUUUAUCGCGUUAUUGCGGGAGAUCAAUCGGAGAGAUAUGUUGCUCAAGAAAACUUAAUGGCAGUUACAACGCCUUUUCGUAUUCAUCGCCUUGAAGAUCACAUAGCGAAAGAAUUUACACAUUUCGAUGGAUUUUCCUAUGUUCCCAAUAAUGAAAAGAUUUUAGAGUAUCCUCAAGAACAACUAAUUACUGAAGUAUUUAGAAAGCGUUUAUUCAAGUUGCCUAGACCUUAAAUUAGAAAUUAAUAUUAUAUAACCAUUGUGUAUAAAACUUACAUAAAGUUAAUCAUUCACUGAUAUUUAGAAAUGUUUAUGUAGAUUUUUAUUAAGGGUUAAUUUAUUACAGGUUUGUCUAUUUCAAGUUUUCUCCAAAGUGUAUUAAAUAUAUGUAUGUAGUAGGCGCAAUCUAAGCUGACCGAGUCGAUUUUGCUGCGCAAAAAUUAUUUAAAGGAAAAGUGCGGAGAGGCUACAAUUAUUAGAAUUUAAAUAGACAACGUAAAUAGACAAGAUAAAGGUGUAACUAACCCAAGGUUACCUUAUCUGACAAGGUUACCCAAGGAUUUUUUUUUAUUUAACUUUAUGAAGUUAUAUUUAUAAAUAAAUGUAUAUAGUUGAUGAUUAUCACAAAUAUAUAUGAAUAUCUAUAAUACAUAUUUUUAUUAGUAGUAUUCAGAGACCACUUUGUAAAUUAUAAAAAUAAUAAAUAGUAAUAGCAACAGCACAAACAAUAUAUAACUGAAGAAAAAAACUAAAUUUUUAUUUUAUUUUUUUUGGUUGAUAUAACUUGCAAUUUAUUGAAUAAAUUAAUAUGUGGGUAUUUUUAUUUAAAUAACUAUUAUUAUACAAAUAAACUCAUCUUUUUAUAUAUAGAAUAUGUGUAGUAUAAGAUUCACUGGAAGGGGUGUAAGUCUUAUAUAGUGUAGUGUAGUGUAGGUAGUAUAUAAUUAUUAUGCAUAUUAUAUAGUAGUCGACCACAAGCUCUUUUUGUGUUUGAUAUUCAUAAUAAAACAUUGGUCUCACUA